ACAGGUUGGUUUCAUGCGUGAUCGUCUGAUUCAGUUCAUCUCUAAAUUGCAGUUUGCUGUGACUAUUCUUAUGGCAUCAUGGACAGAGAAAAAACAACGUCGAAAAACAACUACCACUUUAUGUAUACUCAACAUUGCCUUCUUUCCCUUUUUGUUGGUCAUUAUAGUUUUUUCUACACUGCUCUCUUCUCCCUUGCUCCCCCUCUUCACCCUUCCUGUGUUUUUGGUGGGGUUUCCCCGACCUAUUCAGAGUUGGCCAGGAGCAGUGGGCACCACAGCCUGUGUGUGUGCAGAUACAGUGUACUACUACCAGAUGGUCCCCAGGUUGACUGCUGCACUGCAGACUGCAAUGGCAGCUGGAAGUUUAGGUCUCCUCUUACCUGGGUCUCAUUACUUGGGACGUUUUCAGGAUCGUUUAAUAUGGGUAAUGAUUCUAGAACAUGGGUAUACUUAUUGCUGUAUUAACAUUAAGGGAUUAGAAUUGCAAGAAACAUCCUGUCAUACUGCUGAAGCUCGAAGAGUUGAUGAAGUUUUUGAAGGUGCUUUUGAGCAAGAAGAAUACACAAAAGUAUGUUCCCUUAAUGAACACUUUGGAAAUGUCUUGACACCCUGUACUGUUUUGCCUGUGAAACUGUAUUCUGAUGCCAGGAAUGUCCUAUCUGGCAUAAUCGAUUCUCACGAAAACUUGAAAGAAUUUAAAAGUGACCUUGUUAAAGUACUUGUGUGGAUAUUCAUUCAAUACUGCUCUAAAAGGCCCAGCAUGCAGCAGGAUGUUCACAAAACUGAAAAUAAAGGGAAAGCACCUCUAAUAACCUUGCCUGCCUUAAACACUUCACCACAUUCCAAAUCACCAGAAGACACAGGUAGUUUAAAUUCAGAAACUCUUGAUGACUGGUCUGAUGAUGAUAAUAUUUUUGAUGAUGAGCCAACUAUCAAAAAAGGAAAAGAAGAAAAAGAUCAGUUGAAAGAUUUGCCAGGUACAAAUUUGCCUAUUCCAGGAUCGGUAGAAUCACAGAGCAUUGAUGAUCAUCUUUCAGUUCCUGAAAACAAUCUUUACAAAGCAGUUUUACUGGGAUACCCAGCUAUUGACAAAGGAAAACAAGAAGACAUGGCAUAUAUCCCUCUCAUGAAGUUCAGUUGUUCACAUUCUCACUUGUUAAGCUUACCUGAAGAGUGGAGGUCUAAUUGUAUGCCUAAUUCCAAAAUGAAGGAGAUGAGCUUGUUAUUUCCGGAAGACUGGUACCAGUUUGUUUUAAGGCAGUUGGAAUGUUUUCAUUCAGAGGAAAAGGACUCAAAUGUACUGGAAGAAAUUGCAAAGGACAAAAUUUUAAAAGACUUAUAUGUUCAUACAGUUAUGACUUGUUAUUUUAGUUUAUUUGGAAUAGACAAUACAGCUCCUACUCCUGGUCAUAUAUUGAGAGUUUACAGUGGUGUUUUGCCUUGGUCUGUUGCCUUGGAUUGGCUCACAGAAAAACCAGAACUGUUCCAACUAGCACUGAAAGCUUUCAGGUAUACUCUGAAACUAAUGAUUGAUAAAGCAAGUUUAGGUCCAAUAGAAGACUUUAAAGAGCUGAUUAACUGCCUUGAAGAAUAUGAAAGUGACUGGUACAUUGGUUUGGUAUCUGAUGAAAAAUGGAAAGAAGCAAUUUUACAAGAAAAGCCAUACCUGUUUUCUCUAGGUUAUGAUCCUAAUAUGGGAAUUUACACUGGGAGAGUACUUACCCUUCAAGAAUUAUUGAUCCAAGUUGGGAAGUUGAAUGCUGAAGCUGUUAGAGGUCAGUGGGCCAACCUUUCAUGGGAAUUGCUUUAUGCCACUAAUGAUGAUGACGAACGUUAUAGUAUACAAGCUCAUCCACUGCUUUUGAGAAACCUUACGAUACAAGCAGCUGAUCCUCCUCUGGGAUAUCCAAUUUAUUCUUCAAAACCUGUCCAUAUACAUUUGUAUUAGAGCCCAUUUUGACUUGUAAAUGUAAUGUCAUCAAAUAAGGUGUUUUCAUUUUUCCACCCUAGAAAAGUAACACUUCACUGGACAUUUCCCUGCCCCAAGUCAGAUGCCUGAGAAAAGCUAAGCUCCAUCAAUUUUAGUUGAUUCUUUUAGCCAUCUUAAUGGUUUAAAAAACAACUUUAUGUCUAACAUAAAAGUUUCAACUAGUUGGCCAGUAUUUGUGCCCUAUGGACUGUGGUAGGCUUUGGUAAAUAUGAUAAAACAUUUGUAUAAGAUUAAAUAAUGAAUUUUUCAGUGCUUUGUUAAAUGUCCGAUAGGUGGCUUGUCUUACAAAAGACAAACAGCUAUGUAAUUUUUACACACUUAAAAGAUAUACAUAUCUGUGUUUUUAAGUAAUGAUAAUGGAUCCAACUGAAGGCUAACAAUGCGUAUAUAUAGAUAUGUUUAUUUAAAAUAUAAUUUGUAUAGUAUUUCAAAUGUGCUGUUUUAUUUUAACACUUAACAUGGUCUGAAUGUUUUCAUAUAUUCAUUUUGUUUUCAAAUGAAAACAAAAAAUGAAGUACAAAUUUUGUACUUCAAUUCAAAAACCUUAAAAUUUUU